AUGUCAUUCGUUCUCGACGCAAUACGGCUCCUAUCGGCAGAGCAGCCCGAAAGCACCCCAAGGGUGUCCUAUUCCACAACCCAUAUGUCUAUCGUUUGUAGGCUCGAUUUCGCGGUCGUAGGUCGGGUGGUUUUCAAAGUGUUCCCUUGUGGCUUGUGGGUGCUAGGGCUCGCGAGCCCUUAA